AGCAAAGGGCAGGGAGCCGGGCUCAGCUGCCUGCCUAGCUCUGGGCGGCACCAGCUGGAGACAAGGCACCCUGAGCAGGAGCAGCUCCAGGGGACUCCAGGGGACUGCAGACACUCCCGCCAGGGGCUCGACAGGAACAAUGGGUAACCAAAUGAGUGUUCCGCAAAGAGCUGAAGACCAAGAGAACGAACUGGAGGCAGAAGCUAACAAGGGGGCGCCUGAGUGUGAGUGUGGUCAAAACGGGACGCCGGUGAUGAUAUCGACCUGUGACAUUCCAUUCCAUGGCGAAGUCGACUUGGGAAUAAGUGUCAAGGAGGAUAAUGUGGCCACUUCUUCCCCCAAGACAAUGGAGAUCAGCGCUGUUGCAGAUGCCAACGGAAAGAAUCUUGGGAAAGAGGCCAAACUUGAGGCACCAGCUGCUAAAUCUCGUUUUUUCUUGACACUCUCGCGGCCUGUACCAGGACGUACUGGAGACCAAGCCACGGAUUCAUCCACUGGAUCAGUGAAGCUUGAUGUCAGCUCCAGUAACGCUCCAGGAAACAAAGAACCAAGUGAGAGCGUGGCACUUCCGGUGGCAGCUGCACUGGGGCACGACCCACAUAAAACCCCAGGCCAGAGCCCGGCCGGGGACGGAGGCUUCUCUGCUGCUGGGGGACUGGCGCCUGCCCCACCUGAGUCAGGAGGAGCGGCCCCCUCCAAGCCCAGGGACUCCAGCUUCUUGGACAAACUCUUCAAACUGGACAAGGGACGGGAAAAGGCACCAGCCGACAGCCACCAGGAAGCCAAGGGUGCAGAGCGUCAAGACCAAGCCCAGGAGGUUUCCGGAUCGUCCAGGCCAUCUGAUGAUGUCCCUGCAGAGAGGGACAUAGUGGAGAGCAAGGGGUUAGAAAGACAAGAGGUCCCCACCGUGAGCUGCUCUGUCCCUGGGAACCCAGAAGAACUGGAGACUGCAAAGGAGGACCCCCAAACCACAAAUACAACCGAGAAUAAUAAUUCCAUCAUGAGCUUCCUUAAAACUCUGGUUUCACCUAGCAAAACUGAAACAAAAAAAGAUCUGGAAGACACGGCAUCCAAAGCAGAAAGUGUCUGUGAUGGCCAACCAGGACAGAAGACCUGUGAGAGCCAAGCUAAAGGAGCCAAGAAAAAGCACCUGCAUAGCCCCAGGCUAGGAUUCGCAUUUAGAAAAUUCUUUAGGCAUAAGGGUGCUGAAAAGUCACCUGCCACUUCAUCUGACGUCAAGUCAGACAAAGCAAACUUUAUCUCCCAGGAGACCAGAGGGGCAGCUAAGAACCCUCCAUCCUCGGAUACUGAAAAGGAAACUGCCAAGGAAAAGGGGGGACCCAGCUCUCUGCCUCUGGGCAAACUAUUCUGGAAAAAGUCAGUUAAAGAGGACUCAGUCCCCGCAGGUGCAGAGGAGAAUGUGGUGUGUGAAUCACCAGUAGAGGUUGUAAAGUCCGAGGAAGUAGACUCAACCUUACAAACAGUGGAUCUCAACGAAGGAGGAGAUGCCACCCCCGAACCCACAGAAGUAAGACUCAAAAGAGAAGAACGCAAACCACCAAGAACCCUCCUGAUGACGUUUCUCAGACAAAUGUCAGUGAAAGGGGAUGGAGGGAUCACCCACUCAGAAGAAGUAAAUGGGAAGGACUCCAGCUAUCAAACCUCGGACUCACCGGGGAAGGCUGUCACACCCCCGGAGCCGGAGCCGGCGGGAGCAGGCCAGAAGGGCAAAGAGGGUUCCUCCAAGGACAAGAAGGUGGCGGCUGAGGGGAACAAGCAGAAGACCCACAAGCCGGAAGCCAAAGAACCGGCCCAGUGCGCGGAACCGGCCGCGGGCGAGGCGAACUCGCUGCAGAAUGGGGACAAGCCCCACAAGAGGCAGGAGAAGCGGCGACAGUCCCUCGGAGGCUUCUUUAAGGGCCUGGGACCAAAGCGGAUGUCGGACGCCCAAGUGCAAACAGAUCCCGUAUCCAUCGGACCGGUUGGCAAAUCCAAGUAAACAAAUCACUACAGUUCCCACCAAGUUGUCCUGCCAGCGAGAAGUCUGCUCCCUGCUCCAUUUCCUCCCCGAGCCCACUCCGUGUACAUAGUUUUCUUUUAAUGGCCAUCCAAUGAAAUUCUGCCUACAAAUUAAGCCUGAGCUGUUGUAUAUUGAGGUGUAUUAUUUACGUCUCUGGUCCAAUCUUUUCCGGGAAAGAGUCGUCAAGAUGGUUUAGCCCGUGAACCAGUCAGGUCGGGAGACUUGAUGGUUGCCAGGCAGGGGUGGAGCGGGCGGAGGAAGGCGUUCUGAGUAAGUUAUGUGAAAUGGCAGGGGCAAGUAAGUUGCAGAAGAAGGAUGCCGGCUGAAAGGAAUUAAGCUUUGUAGGAAAUACACGCUCAUCCUCUACACUCAAAGAGGAGAGACAAAAAUCCGUUUAAGUUCACAUUUCGAGGAGGGACAGCAUGGGCUCUGGGGGGC